UACUUACAGAUAAAGCAGCUCGUUGGUACAGUGAAAACCCUGGUUUCCUGCAGCUGCUAUGCUUCGGUCAGGGGGCUGUGUGGGUUUUCUGAGCUGUCCGGUGUGUCUGGAGCGUCUCCGGGAUCCGGUAACGAUACCGUGUGGUCACAGUUACUGUAAGAGGUGUAUCUCUCAGUGCUGGGAUGAGGAGCAGCUCCAGAAGAAGGCGGUGAGCUGCCCGCAGUGCAGGGGCUGCUUCCCGGCGAGGCCUGCCCUCAACCGGAGCACCGUGCUGUCUGAAGUGCUGGACAGUGUGGAGCCCAGCCCCGCGGAGCCUCGGGGCUCCAGCCCGGGCUCAGCCUCGCUCGGGGGGGAGUGUAACUUCUGCAGCGGAGCGGUGAAGAGCAGGGCCGUGAAGUCCUGCCUCACCUGCGUGGCCUCCUUCUGUGAGACACACCUCAGACCUCACCUCCAGUUCCCCGUCCUCCAGAGACACGCGCUGGUAGAAGCGACUUCAGGCCUGCAGGAGAUGAUCUGCUCCCGACACAACAAGCUCCUGGAGGUCUUCUGUGUCCAGGACAAGCGCUGUAUCUGCCUGCUGUGCGCUAUGGACGAGCACAGUGGCCACACCACAGUCUCUGCUGCUAAAGAGUGGUGCAGACUACAGCAGAAACCACUGCAAAAGAUCCAAGAAAGAUUUCAUGCACUAAUACAGUGUCGGGAAAAAGAGUUGCAGGCACUUAAUGAGGCUGUGAAGGCUUACUCCACUUCAGCACAGGCGGCCAUGGACUUAAGUAAGGAGUUCCUGGCUGAGAUAACUAAGUACAUGGAGAAGAACCUGUCUCUGUUCUGUUACAUGAUCCAAUACUAUGAGAAGAAAGAGUUGCACCAAACACACAUGCUCCAGAAGAAGCUGGAGCAGGUGAUUGCUCAUCUUAAGCGGAGUGACGCUGAAUGCAGUCAGCUGAAACACACUGAUGACCCCAUACUCUGCCUGCAGAAAUUCCUUUCUCUCACUGCAGUUGCUGAGUCUGAGGUCCCCAGAAGCAACCCUGUGAGCAACAAUCACUCAUUUCUGAGUGCCAGUCAUCUUUUAUUAGGGCUGAAGGAGCAGAUGAAGAAACUCUUUGAUGAGGAAAUGAUAGAGAUGAACACUGGUGUUAAACAAAUUAAUAUAAUCCUGCCACCCAAACCCAAGACCAGACUGGAGUUCAAAAAGCAUUACUGCCAGCUGAAGCUGUCACCCGACUCAUGUAACUCGUCUCUACAGCUGUCUGAAGAGAACCGUAAGGUUCAGUUCCUUUCAUAUGGAACAUAUUCCACUGCUGAGCCUCAUGCAGACAGAUUUAUUCAUACAAAUCAAGUUCUCUGUGAUGGUGCCGUAAGAGGGUGCUGUUACUGGGAGGUUAAGUGGCAGGACAAGGUCAAUAUCGCUCUGUCUUAUGGAAGUAUAGUCAGGAAUGCAUGUGGUGACAGUAGCAAGUUUGGAUAUAACGAUCAGUCUUGGAGCUUGGAAUGUGAUCGUUAUUUUUGCAAAUUCCGACACAACAGCAUUGUCACAGAAGUCUCCACAUAUCCACCAGAACAUAUAGGAGUUUAUCUAGAUGAAGAUGCAGGUGUAUUGGCUUUCUAUCGUGUUUGUUCCCAAGGCCCUAUGACACUGCUGUACAAAACACAGGCCGAGUUCACCAAACCCCUUUAUCCUGGCUUUACACUCGAUUCCUUUUUGGGUUCCUCAUCUGUGACUCUGUGCUAGAAACCACUGUGGGCUAUGGGUUGCUUAUAAUACUGCAUAAUGUUUUGUUUAUGCCAUGUGAGGAAAGUCCUAUCAAAUAGUUUGGUGGAUAAUGGUUUUUGAGUUAAAGCGUUUGCUUGCAUACCCAUGUCAGUUUCCUAGGCUUGAUCCCUUUCUCUGAAACUGACUUAAAUCAGGCGAUUGUGUUCCUUCACACAACUGAACUUAUUAUUUAUGUUUCAUUACAUUAUUUACUUUAAGAGUGUCAGUAGUAGUAGCAGGAGUCACUUAUAUGACAAAAGAAAAUCACACAACUUGUAGACAUAUUGUUAAUGUAUGUUCGGUUUCUGUGGUUCUGUAAGUUUUAACAAGUUAGUGCGGUUCUGAACACUUAAAACUCUGAACUGAAAUAAAUCUAGUUAAACAGGACUAAGUAUACGUUCCAACUUUUGUGCCAUUUCAAUGUUCUGCAAGUACUGGCAGUAUGCUAUUGAAAGAGUUAAUUAGUAUAAUGCUAUACAAAUGCUGCACUUUUUGGGGCACCCCUGGGCAAAAUACUUGUUACCUUGAACAGCUAACUAACCAGAUGGUGUGCUGGUGAUUUUUAAAUGCCAUUAAACAUUUAAAUGCCAGUGUAUAAGGUUAAAAUCUAGUGAUGUUUAGUUUGACAUGUUUUAUAAAGAAGUGAUUCAUUGUUUAGUUAACUUUUUUUUCACUUACUUGUUGAUCAUGUGUGUAUAACCAAAUAAAUAAAAGUAAAUACUAUGCAUAUUA